AAAGCCUGCAGCGCGGGCUGCCGCUGCUGUGCCCUUUCGCGCACCGCUGGGCGGGUUCCGCUGCAGUGACUUCAGGAGGUUCUGAGAGAGCCAGCGUCCUCUUUUUAAGAAGAAUGGUUCUAGAAAGGGCCUGGAAGGAGAAGAAAUUGAACGAAUACCGACACCAAAUGUUAUGUCACUUUGCAUUAGUUCAAGGCGGAAGUAAAAGUAAACUUUUGGGGUCAUUCACCCGGGGUGACCACUGUCUUAACUGAUGAGGUGAUAGCAGACAUCUUUUCUUAAUUCAAGCCAAGGGAGUAAAAAUAAAACAUUGCGGUCCUUCACCUGAGAUUACCCAAAUUUCCUUCUUGGGUCACCCACUUUUUCUGAUAUUCGUGAUGUCACCAGGGAAAUCACCUGACCAAAAAAGACCCCGUAGAAGCUUAUCUACCAGCAAAACUACAAAGAGCCAAUCUCAUUCGAUUAUUUCGUAUUUUAACAAUGUGCCACCUGCUAAACUUGCAUGUUCAAUUUGUCAUAAAAUGGUGCCUAGGUAUGACCUAAUUCAGCAUCUUGCUGAGUCCUGUGCUAACAAUGGUGAUGUCGUUCAGGUUGAGCCUGUGCAGGCUGGUUUAACAAAUCCAAAGGUGCCCAAGUCAAAUUUACCCAGUAUUGCUUUAGAAGACGUAACACCUCAGAAGUUGUCACCACCAAAGAGAAGUUUAACCCCUGUCCAAUGUGGUUCAAAACUGGGCACACAACACCAGACCAGUCCCUACUUUAAAGAUGCUUCGGUGUGCAGAAUUCAAAACGAGCUGCAAAAUCAGAAUGUGGAAAUUAUGUCUCUGGGGAGUCUGUCGUCUAAAUUGUCCAGAAAAUACAUAAAAGUUAAGAAAUCCCUGGAUAGGAAGGAGGGACUAGCCAUUCAUUGUCCACAGAGUUCUCCAUCCACAGCUGGCACCAGCCUGGUUGAUGUAUGUUCAGAGACGGAGGACAAAGAUGAGGUUUUGAACAGUUUUCAAAAGGAAAACACGUUUUCUUGUGCAUCACUAAAGGAAGAGAAUGCUUCAGAACACAAGGUAGAGAGCAGUAAAAUCACGGAAGAUGAAAGCCGGGAAGCUUCCCGCGGGGAGUCAGCCCUCACCCCUGCAUCUUCAGCUCCUGCUCCCGCAUUGUGUUCAUUAGAUUUAACUCUUGCGAAUAACAUGAAGUCUGCUCCAGGAGACAGUCUUGUAAAGCAAGAGGAUGCCAGAGGGGUCGGUGCGGGGGUUGCUAAACAGCUCGAGGCAUGCAGCAGUGAAGAGGUAGAAAUGAUUGUCGAUGCCGAGGUUCAAACGCCAGUGUCUGGUCACGAGGUGGAAUCAAACAGUCGCGUGGACGUUUCUACAGGGACUAACAGCCGAGAGACACCAAAGAUUUACAGCCCCCUGAAGCAGGGAUCCAGUUGUGAGGUUCCCAGGGAGACAGCUCAACCUCCCCUGAGCCACCCAUACUACCUGAGGAGCUUCCUGGUGGUGCUGCAGGCCAUCCUUGAGAAUGAGGAGGACAUGAAGCUCUUCGAUGAACAGGAGAAGGGGAUUAUAACCAAGUUUUACCAGUUGUCAGCUAGUGGUCAGAAGUUGUAUGUAAGGCUCUUUCAGCGUAAAUUAACCUGGAUCAAGAUGGGUAAACUGGAGUACGAAGAGAUUGCCUCAGACUUAACCCCCGUGGUUGAAGAAUUAAAGGACACGGGCUUCCUUCAGACAGAAUCUGAGUUGGAGGAACUCUCUGAUGUACUUGAACUCCUUUCUGCUCCUGAACUGAAAGCCCUGGCCAAAACCUUCCACGUGGUGAGCCCUGCUGGGCAGAAGCAGCAGCUGGUAGAUGCCUUUCUCAAGCUGGCCAGACAGCGCUCAGUCUGCACUUGGGGCAAGACUCAGUCCGGAAUCAGAGCAGUGAUUUUGAAAAGAGCUAAAGACUUGGCUGGACGGUCCCUGCGAGUCUGUAAAGGCCCCAGGGCUGUGUUUUCCCGGGUCUUGCUGCUGUUUUCCUUGACUGAUUCCAUGGAAGAUGAAGAAGCUGCUUGUGGGGGUCAAGGUCAGCUUUCUACCGUGCUGUUGGUCAACCUGGGCCGAAUGGAAUUUCCUCAGUAUACUGUCAGCCGGAAGACCCAGAUCUUCAGGGACAGAGAGGACCUCAUCAGAUAUGCAGCGGCCGCACACAUGCUGAGUGACCUUUCCGCUGCCAUGGCCAAUGGGAACUGGGAAGAAGCUAAGGAGCUUUCCCAGAGUGCAAAAAGAGACUGGGACCAACUGAAGAGCCACCCUUCGCUGAGGUACCACGAGGCCUUGCCCCUCUUCCUGCGCUGCUUUACUGUGGGGUGGAUUUACACGCGGAUUUUCUCCCGGGCUGUUGAAGUGUUGGAGAGACUUCGGCUGUAUGAGGAAGCCGUUGAGGAACUGGAAAGCCUCCUGUCUCAGAAAGUCUACUGUCCUGACAGCAGAGGGCGCUGGUGGGAUCGCCUGGCUCUUAACCUGCACCAGCACCUGAAGCGUCUGGAAGCGGCAAUUAGGUGCAUCAGCGCAGGCCUCGCAGAUCCAGCAGUGCGGACAGGACACCGACUUUCACUCUAUCAGCGAGCUGUGCGCCUGCGAGAGUCUCCCAGCUGCAAAAAAUACAAGUGCCUCUUCAGCCAGCUGCCAGAAAUUUCCGUGGGAGAUGUCAAGCACGUGACCAUCACAGGCAGGCUGUGCCCACAGCAUGGAAUGGGCAAGUCGGUGUUUGUCAUCGAGACCGGAGACACCACGAACCCCACCACAAUCCUGUGCUCCGUGGAGGAGCUGGCACUGGAUUAUUACAGGCAGAAUGGCUUUGACCAAGGGAUUCAUGGGGAAGGAUCCACCUUCAGUACCCUGUGUGGCCUUCUGCUGUGGGAUAUCAUCUUCAUGGAUGGGAUACCGGAUGUCUUCAGAAAUGCCUACCAGGCAUCCCCACUGGAUCUGUGCACAGACAGCUUCUUCUCCAGCAGGGAGCAGGCCCUGGAAGCCAGGCUGCAGCUGAUCCACGGCGCCCCUGCUGAGAGCCUGCGGGCCUGGGUGGCAGAGGCGUGGCAGGCCCAGCAAGGCAGAGUGGCUUCCCUGGUCAGCUGGGACCGCUUCGCUUCCCUUCAGCAGGCUCAGGAUCUAGUCUCCUGCCUCGGGGGUCCGGUCCUCAGCGGUGUGUGCAGGCGCCUGGCUGCUGACUUUCGGCACUGCCGAGGGGGCCUCCCUGACUUGGUGGUGUGGAAUUCUCAGAGCCAUCGCUGCAAGCUGGUGGAAGUGAAAGGCCCCAGUGAUCGCCUUUCAUGUAAGCAGAUGAUCUGGCUGGAUGAACUACAGAAGCUGGGGGCCGAAGUCGAAGUCUGCCACGUGGUUGCAGUCGGAGCUAAGAGCAAAGGUCUUGGCUGAAAGAUGUCUUUUUGGAGACAUCUGGCCAGCCACAGGGACAGAUCUCCAAGAGGACAAAGCUGUUCCUGAUGCUUUCACUUGGAUUUGUCCUGACCCCUGAGAUCAGAAUGACUCAUCCUUGUACAGUGUCCAUAUGUCACAGACCUUGAUGUAUGCUGGAAACACUGGAUCCACAGUGUGUGGACUGUUGAAAAUGUAGAAGUCUGCGUGGGCAUUGUAGGAGCUGAAUGCUUCCAUAUUACUAGGUUAAAAAAAAAAAAAAAAAGCCAGAGAAAAAAUCAACAUGGUGCACCUUUGGGAUUUUUUGAAACACAAAUGAUGUUUCUCUAUUAACACACUGGCAAUGGAAGUUCCUGAGUUUGGGUUUGUCUCAUGAUUAUCCAAGAAGGGAAGAAACCACAGAAAUUCUGAUUUCCUUGGGGGGUGGUGGGAACCAACCCAAAAUAAAUUCUUUAUUUAAAGAGA